CGCUGGCCGGAAGGAGCACGAGGGUCUGUUCGGUGCUAGCAGCCGGCAGCCGCUCGGGUCAUGGAGGAGAGCACGGGGCCGGGUGCCCGCAUCCGAGAGGGAGACUGCGCCGUGCUCAAGCGAGGCGAGGUCUUCAAGGCGGUGCCGAUCCUGAAGCGGAGAAAAGUUAUUUUUGAGAAGCAGUGGUUCUAUCUGGAUAAUGCCAUUGGACAUAUUUAUGGAACUACAUUUGAAGUAACAAGUGGUGGCAGCCUUCAGCCAAAGAAAGAAAUUGAAGAGCCUACCACAGAAACUAAAGAAGCAGGUACAGAUAAUCGUAACAUAGUUGACGAUGGAAAAUCUCAAAAACUGACACAUGAUGACAUAAAGGCUUUGAAGGACAAGGGUAUUAAAGGACAGGAAAUAGUUCAACAGUUAAUAGAGAACAGUACAACAUUCCGAGACAAGACAGAAUUUGCCCAAGAUAAGUACAUAAAGAAAAAGAAGAAAAAGUAUGAAGCAGUUAUUACAAUUGUAAAGCCAUCUACCCGUAUUCUUUCAACAAUGUAUUAUGCAAGGGAACCAGGAAAAAUCAACCAUUUGCGAUAUGACACUCUGGCUCAGAUGCUGACUUUGGGAAAUAUCCGCGCUGGCAACAAAAUGAUUGUGAUGGAAACCUGUGCGGGGCUGGUGCUGGGGGCAGUAAUGGAGCGCAUGGGAGGUUAUGGAUCUAUUAUUCAAAUGUAUCCACAAGGAGGACCUGUUAGAGCAGCCACCAGCUGCUUUGGAUUUCCAGCAUCUUUUUUCAACAGUCUUUAUGAAUUCCCUCUCAGCAAAGUGGACAGUCUUCUCUCUAGGACAUUUUCUAUAGAAACCUUGCCUUCAGAGUCUGAGGAUAACAUUCCAACGGAAGAAGAAAGCAAUGGGUCACUUGAUGAGAAGCCAGCUUCCAUACAGGAAACAGAAGAAGAAUCUACUACUGAAGCAGCCAUGGAGGGCAACCAAACAGAGGAGCAAGAAACAAUGGACCUUGCUGCUGAGGAUACAGAAAAUAAAGAGAGCAAAGAAAAAGGAAAUAAAGAAAAUAUUCGGGAAAAACAAAGAAAACAACAAGAGAGAAGGAAAAAGCUGGUAGAAGCUGCUGCUUUGUUGAAAGAGAAAAAUGCAGAUGGCUUAAUUGUAGCGGGCAGAUUCCAUCCAACUCCUUUGUUACUUUCAUUAUUGGAAUUUGUUGCUCCAUCAAGGCCUUUUGUUGUCUACUGCCAAUAUAAGGAGCCAUUAUUAGAAUGUUACACAAAACUCAGAGAAAAGGGUGGUGUUAUUAACCUCAAGCUGUCUGAAACCUGGCUACGAAAUUACCAGGUCUUGCCAGAUCGGAGCCAUCCAAAACUGACGAUGAGUGGAGGUGGGGGGUACCUGCUGUCUGGUAUUACUGUUGUCAUGGAUAAAGGCAAAUCAGACGCUGGCAGGUUAGAAGCACAGAAGACUGAAGAGCCAACAUCUAAAAAGCGCAAACUUGAGGAACUUCAUUCUUAGCAUCUAAAGAAUUGAUUUGUUUUUAGUUCUCAGAAGUAUUGUAGUUAGUAACAUAACUAAUGUACAUUCUGUGCUCUUGACAACGUGGAGAAAACAUACCAACUGUAUACCUGCCAACAGAAGCAAAAGACUUGUAUUCUAGACGAAGGGUUUUUUUCCAUUUCCUUUGUUAACACCGUGACAGGAAGAAGAAAUAUUUUAAAGGCCACCUUGUGCAGACAACACAAUGAAGAUUCAGUAACUUUGGAAAUGCUUUCCAACAAUCAUGCUAAAAAAGAGGCCAUGUGCUGAGACUAGAUCAGUGAAACAAUUUUAUUUGGUAGCUGUAAGAAUUGGAUGAGAUGCUGAAGUGUUUUCACAGAGAUUGGGUUUGAAUUAAGAAACUUUAUUUAGCUUCCUUUUGCCUUGCAGCUACAUCAGGUUAAAAUAAUCUGUAUAGUAAAUGAGUUCCCUUUUUACAUAUAGAACCCUGCCCCUUUUAAAUGAUUUUUUUUUAAAGAAGGAGAAUGAAAUGCAACAGGAUCAUGCACUUUUAUUCCUAAUGGGAAAAUGAAAAAAGGUUGAAAUGAAAAUGACAAAUUAAAACUGAAUUUUUACAUCUUGACCCUCUGUUCCUAAAAGCAAGAAAAUGCAAAACUUCAGGUGUAUGUAUAUAAGUGGGAAUACCAAAUGUUUAAUUUAAGUGCCCUUGUUGGGUAGCGCAUAUUUCCCUUUUUUGAAGGCAGAUUUAUAUUGUUUUUAUUCUUUUGUUAACCUGUGACAGUUUUGAAAACGGCCAUAUUUAUUUUGCUAUUAUGCUUCUUAUGGUGUGUAGAGUUUUUGUUAGCUUGCAAAAUGCUUUGUUUGCCACUUCAAUUAAACUCCAAGAAUUCUUUUCUAAAGAGGCAGGAAUUCUUUAUUGGUCGGGCAGUGAAAUGACUUGAGAAUGGGAAUGGGUACUCUUGACAACAUACACCCACCCACGUGGGCUGUCCGGAUGCAGUAGUGUGGACCUCUAAGCACAUGGGGGUUCCAUUGGUGCUGAUGGGUUUCUGCUUGGCCAGAACCCAGGGAUGGAAGCUGUAGCUCCAGCAUUUGCUUUUAUGAAAGGACUGCAUUAAAAGUGUUGUAUACUGCUAGCUAGAAGGGUAAUGCUUUUCAACAUUAGCUCAGAGUAGUCUAAAUGCACUGAAAUAAAAGCCUUAUUUAUUUUGCUUGA